ACCCCCUGAUUCCGAAUUGCACCGGCUCUGCUGCAUUAUAAAUACUUCUCCAAAAUACACUGGCCCUCCUUUCUCGCUUUCUACCCAGCUCCGUUUGUUUCGCACUCAUAAAAGCUGCGCCUCACUUAUUGCUUGGCGUGUUUUGUUUCUUAUUUAAAGCCGGGCUCCUUUUUUGUUUCUCGGCCAGUUUGCAUGCAUUGUUCGUCUCCCAAAAUGGUUUGUGAGACUAAGAUUGUGGCGGAAGAUCAUGAAUCCAUUUCAGGAUCCAAAAAAGAUGCGAUCAUUGUGUCUUCCUCCCAGAUGUGGCCCUCCUUAUCCGGCUCACCUUCCUCCUCCCCAGCUUCUCUGAGUGGCGUGGAAGGGGAUUUCAAGAAAGACAACGUUUAUAUACGAGAAUUUCAUCCUUCCGAGCAAGAGGUGGUGCGCCGUAUAUUUUAUGAAGGAAUCAUGGAAAGGAUUCCUAACACCGCAUUUAGAGGGUUAAAACACCAGCCCCUCAUUCAGUUGAUCUAUGGGAUAUUCGCUAUAAUAUGCUUUGUUGUGACCAAGUCCUUGCUGCUGACCUGCUGUUUUCCCAUCUUUCUGAUGGGCAUGAGGUACUACUUCAGUAGAAAAGUUAUCCUCAGCUAUCUCGAGUGCGCGCUGCAUACGGACAUGUCUGAUAUUGAGAAUUAUUACAUGAAACCACCAGGCUCCUGCUUCUGGGUAGCUGUGUUGGACGGAAAUGUGGUGGGAAUCGUGGCUGCGAGAGGCAAUGAGGAAGACAACACCAUGGAGCUGCGCCGCAUGUCCGUAGAUUCCAACUUCCGGGGUAAAGGGAUUGCCAAGGCCCUGGGCCGCAAAGUGCUGGAGUUUGCCAUGCUCAACAACUAUUCCUCCAUUAUACUGGGAACCACGGCUGUCAAGGUGGCAGCCCACAAGCUGUAUGAAUCCUUAGGGUUCAAACAUGUGGGCAUCAUUGAACACUACACCCUCCCUGGGAUGACACAUUCCAUACUAGAGAGAAUGUUUUUCCAGCUUCGCUACCACCGCUACCGCCUGCAGCUGCGUGAAGAAUAGAAACAAAAGCAAAACAAAGUGUUUUCUCCUAUCCCCUCAAAAUUGCCCUUUUUCCCCCAUUGUUUUUGUUUUCAAUUGUGUUUUGUUUCGUUCCCUCAUUUCAUUUUUAAUUUGCUUUGUACAGCUUGACUGUACAAAAUAAGGAUCCUUUCUCGCAUGCUGUAGGUGGUGGUGCUGAGGCUGGAAGUACUGCUCUCCUAAUGCAUACAGUGUUAAUGACCUGGCAGGUCAGAGUGGACCUACAGCCUGUUGUUCCAAUCUUACCCAGGUACCUACAUAAAGCACAGAAACUUACAAACAUAAUAGUACCACUGGUCUGGUGUACAUAGUAUUUUUUUUCAAAUGUAAGAUAAUGUAGUGAUGACAUUCAUAAUACAGUAAGUGCAGAAAUAUUACUUGAAUGCAUUUCUCAGUAUUUCAUGCACCAGUAACUAGAAUAUGCAUUCAUCUUACUAUAAAUUACUGGUUAAUAGUUUUCAAAGAAAAUGUGAAAAAAAAAACCGCUUGCUACAAUGCAUGAAGAGGAAGUGUGUGCACGCACUCAAACACACAGCACUGCCAUCCAGGCACUGGUGUUGCACUUUUUUUGGAUGUGCCUCAUUCUGCCAAAUAUCUGAAAGAACCUUGGUGCAUCCAGUAACCAUGACUUUUUCUCCAUUCUCAUUUUCCUUCCUAAGCCAGCAAACAGACUUGAACCAUUUGAACUCUGAGCCCCAUUGUAACAUAUUGUAAAAUAAGAUCAAACUUAACUAUCUCCUGCGCUGUUCUAUAUCCAUGCAUAUCCUGCAGUCCUGGGCCAGACUUCCGCAUGUGCAUUGGAGUUUCUCUUUGCUGCCUUCUGGGUUUGUUUGUUUUUUGUUUGUUUGGGGUUUUUUCUUUUUUUUUAAUUUUAUAUUUGUUUUGGCUUUUGCUGAAUGGUGUCAUUGAAGCAUAAUGGAGGCUGCAGUUUCUAUGGCAACACAUUUGCACAUAAAUGUGAGCAACAAAUCUAAACACUUCAGACAAGCAAUGUGUGACAGAUAAUUGCAUUUUGGGAGUGGGGGGGGGGGAAGCAUACAUAUUAUCUUAACCAGCUGCUGUUUAAUAAUUGUAGAUGGCCUCACUGCAGCCUUCCAUAAAAGGUAAUAACUGCUUUAAUGUCAGAUUUGUGAAUUGUACAAUGCAAAAAGCAAUGCAAAGCAGAUUCGGCAUGUGUCUGUACCUAAUAUGUAUGUACAGUGCCUGCCAACAAAAGAAUAACCAAGACUACAGCUUCUUCUAGCCUGAAAUACCAAUUUUAUAACUUAUUUAAACAAAUAACAACUUUGCAUGAAUUAUGUCGGGGAAAAAUCAGUAGGUUUUAAUUUUUAAAAUGUGGUAUCAGAAAUAUUAAAAACAUUUCUGGUUGCACUUAAUUUGGUGUGGGUGGUGGGAUUCAGCUAUCUUAUUACAUUUAAAGGGAAACCCCCUUUAACUUAAGUUCCUGGGAAAAAAAGUUACUAUUCUAUGAAGUAUUAUGUGUGUGAGGUGGGGGAAAGAAAACCAUGAUACAAUUGAUAAGGGACUGAACAUAUGUUCCUAACACUUAUAACUAUAGUAGAACCAACUAGGUAGGAGAGUUUCAGAGAGGAGGGAACAAAUUUAUCCUUGUCAAAUCAAAUAGUGGAGACAAGUAAGAAGGUUACUAGAAAGAAUGAAAGGAAGACCGGACAGAGAAGGCUUAACUAGUAAGAAGUGAGACAGAGAACACACAUGUGAAUUCUAUUGUGAGGUGGAAACUAAAAUGCUAGCCCUUCACUUCCAGUCCAGGGUCUUUCCUGCACUGAGAUUCAUCAAUGUAAAGGUAGGAAUUGGGUCCAGAGUUCAUUAGUUCCUAACUGACUGGUAGCCCAUGGUACUGGCCUGUUAGACAGGAGAGCCAAACUCAGGAGUGUCCGUGCAAUUCCUGCUUACCAAGGGCGGGAUAAUCUCCAUGGGUGCUUCUUUCAAUAGGGAGGAAGCCUGCACAUGCUUAGCAAGUGUUAAGGAGAAAGGCAGCUUUCACAGUAGAAAAAUUGGAGCCUAAUGAGGGUGUGAGGUUAGUCUCCUGAGCCCAGCACUUUCUUUCAUUGUCUGCUCUUGCUUCUAACUGGCAGGGAGGGAGAACAGCUUCCAUACGCAAUACCAGAUCCAGGAGUGAGCAGGGUGAGAGGUACCAGGGAGUAGGUGUAGGCACAUCCAAGUCAGAAGAUUUUUGUCCUAUUACUCUGUUAAGCAAUUCACACUCUCAGCCCUGGAUUUCUGCCUGCCUCAAUCUAUACCAUACAUAAAAUGGCAGUGCCCUCCGGUAUAUUGUCCCAGUAAUAAAGGGAAAAAGUAGAUAAUGGAGGGCACUAUUUCAAGAGACCAAGAGCUUAAUUAACACAAUUUCUUUGCGGGCUACUAUCUAUUUUUUAAAAGGUCUUUCUAUGCUGUACAUUUCUCCUGAAGUGGAGGGUAGGGGUUUUUGUAUAGUGUACAGAAAUUGGCAUAAUAUUUUCUUGCUGCUUUCAGUGAUUUAUUAACCUGAGUAAAAAUAGACCAUUAUAAAGUGUUAGCAAAAGUGAAAGAAAAAAAAGUUUGUGCCUUUUUUUAGUUUAUUUUUUUUUCUGUUGCUGUAGAAUCACUGCACUAAAACCUUUCCAGACAAUGAAAAUAACUAGUCUCUUAAUGAAGGGGAAAAUACAUAAAUUUAAUUUUUUUUAUUAGGGUGUCUAAUUAAAAGAAUGUUCUUGGUUUUAUUUGAUACCUGUGCCUUUGUAAUAUGCCUCAUUCAUAUCUAUGUGACAAGCCAAAACUGGUUCAAAUACCCUAAUCUCCCACAGAGACAGAAACACAGUUAAGUCACCAACUUCCUUUUAAUAAUAAAAAAAGGUUAAAAUGUAACAUUAUUAUUGUAUCUCUGACUGUAACACCUUUGAUUUGCAUAAGCGAGAUACGCUUUUAAAAUAUGCAACUUGGAAGGUGCUAUGGGAACUCUGUACUUCUAAACAUGUGGGCAGGGCCCUGAAGUUGUAAUGACAGGAAUCAAGAUGCUGCCUCUCAGAGAUUUAUUGUUGUGCAAAUUUAUUUCUCUUAAUGCCUGUGUGAAGUCACCCCUGCUUUGUCAGAAAGGCAUUUUGGAAUAUUUAGUUUGGUGGGAACACCAGGAGCCAUUGUUGUCUGUCCUGUUCGCUAGCUUUAUCUCCAAAAGGAAGUAGUUCUUGUUAUCAUUUUGCCAAACCAUGACACCAGAGUGAUUGGUAGAACUCCUACUAAUCUAAGCCCUGUCUGUGCUGGCAUUCACUGGGAACUCUCCAGCUGAUACAGUAGCUCCACCUCCGGUAGCAGGAGUGAGAGUGCUAGUGUAGACAAGGCUCAGAUAUCUUUAUUGCUGUUUGCUAGAUCUCCUUUGAGUACGGUUAGACAACUCAGAGGUUAAAAACACCGGAUCCGCCAGUGCAGUCUUAGUUGUUGGACCUGCACUUUUGGGGAAAGUUUCCCCAAGCAUGUUAAUCUGGACCCAGCCUUGGAGCCAGAUAAUCCCCUCUAUUUCCUGUAGAAUCUCUGUGGACUUCAAGCUACAGACUACAAAUGCUUAUCCCUUCCCAUCAGAGGGCCCACUCCUGCAGUCCCUACCCAGACAAGUCUCCCAGUCUGCAUAGAGACAGCAAGAUCAAAGACUUGUUUUUGUUUUUAUCCACCCAGAGUCUCAGAUUUUAUAUAUUUAAAUGGCAUCAUAAAAGAUGGUUACAUCCAUUUUUCUCAUUGCAAGAACCCCAGAGCACAUGUGAUGUGACACUUCUCACCACAAAAACUCCUAGCUUUGCAUUGCGUAUUAAAAUGCAGCUUGCUCUGAACCUACUGCUGCUGGAAGCCAUAUUGCUGGACAGACAUCUUGUGACAAUACCAGUCCUUCUUCAUUCUGCUUGAACAUUUCUUCGAGUGAUGGUCCCUAUUGUAUUCCACUGUGGGUUAUGAAUGUGCACCAUACGUCCAGAGCUGGAGAAUUUGAAAGUAGUGUCCAUUGGUCUGCAGAUGUGCCCUGGCUGACCAUCUGCCUCCAACCGAGGGGAUAAAUGGCGGGGCAGACCAACCGCCUCUCCAGUUCCUUCUUGUCAUCGUCCGGAUCAGAACCUCUCUGUCUGUAGCUUCAGCUUUGGCCCUUAAAAUACGAUUUAGUGUUGUAAAUAGUUUUAGCAUUUUUGUACAGAUUUCCCCCAAGGUUCUUGCAGAGUUUCACUUGAACUAGUCGAUCUGCUUAUCUGUGUUUUUUCCCUAAACUGCACGCUUCCUCAGAGGAACACUCCAUGCCCUUGAUGUGCAGUGAGCCUUGACCUUUUACCUACACAGAACAAAACCAGUCAGGAAAUCCCCAGGACUAUUUGUCGCUCUAAUGGAAAGAAUCGGGGGAGAAGUGUUCUGCACCGGGGGUUUCCAAAUGGAUCUCUGACUAAAUCCUAUUCUGCUAUCAACUAUCCAACCUUCCCUCCCCACCUCACAGGGUAAGCUUAUUCCACAAGAGCACAAGCAGCGACUAUGGCAGCACUCCAGGAAAUGCACCACCUUGAUAGGGGUAAAGCAGCCAUGUGGAGCUCCAUUCACACCUUUACGGACAUUAUGCCCUAGUCCAGGGCUCUUCUGCUGAUGCCUGUCCUUCGCUCAGCCCUAGUGUCUGCCUCCUCGCACCCUCCUUCUGCUGAGACACUGCUUGUUAAUCACCUUCAGCGGAAUACAAGAGGGAUCUUUGCUUGAAGAAGAGGAGGAGGUUAGUUACCUGUAAGGUUCUUUGAGAUGUGUGGUCCCCAUCUGUAUUCCGCUUCCCGCCCUCCUUCCCCUCUGCUUCAGAUCUUCCCUGAUCUGUGGUGAGGAAGGAACUGGAGAGCCGAUUGGUCUGUCCUGCCCUUUAUUCCCUCGGUCAGAGGCAUGAGGUGAGCCAGGGCAUGUGCACUGACCAACAGACACUACUUUCAAAUUCUCCAGCUCCGGACACACGGUGCGUUUGCGUAACCCGCAGUGGAAUAGAAAUCUCGAAGAACCUCCAGUUACAGGUAUACAGCGGUAAGUGUGUAAGGGGCUAUACAAAGAGAUUAAAGACACGGUCCCUGCCCUGAGAAACUCUAAAUCUAAGUCUGCAGUUGAAAGAACUUUUAGAGGAUCUUUCCAGAGGGUUAAUUCUAACACUGUAGAGAGUUAAUUUCUGUACUAAAUAAGAGACUAUAUUAAAAAUGAAUUUUAACAGGGAACAGUAACAGGUGUCUAAACACUAUCUAUGAACAGGCUCUCAAUGGGAGAAAAGGGGCUGCCAUUUUAGUAUUUCCAUGCAAGCCCUCCAGACUGAUGCACAAUGAGGUGGAACAAUCCUAGAUUCUGUGUGUGUGUGUGUCUGUCUCUCAUCAUAAGGGUUGGAGUUUAUAUAUUUAUUUAUUUAGUAAACCUAACAGCAGGUAAAACCACCUCAAAUUCAACUGGAGAAUGUUUUUAAGAAGUAAUAGAACGUAGUAUUUGACAACCGCUGUGCCACUACUUGGUUUUCCCAUAUAUGCAAAUGGAUUAUCCCUGCUCUCUGCCCCAUUCUGCUCUGUCAGCGUCACGGUUGCAGCUUUCUAGUUAAUUUUUAUUUUAGUGUCAGGAUUCUGUUUUGGUGAUUCGUUUGGCUGCAGAAUGUAGAUUUCCUGCCCGCAGCCUUGAUCCUGCCGUGAGCUCCAUGUGUGUGGAUUCCUGCAGGAGACCCGACUGGGGUCAGACCCAAGAUCCUCUUGGCCAAACCCUCCUUGCAAGAUCAGGGCCUAAUAUUUGUAUAGUCCUCUUAAAAAUUGUAAAUCACUAAAGGGAAAAAUAAACAUUUGAUUCACAUGUGUCUAAUAUUAACCUCAUUAGCGCCUGAGCCCUCCUUGGGAGACACCUGGACAGUUUUCGCUACAACAAUAGUAGUUGUGUGCGCAUGCUAAACUGGGGGCCAGAACCGGCCCCUUGGUGCCUGCUCUGAGCAGUGCCACCUAAGAACCAUGUGUCUCAUUGACAGCUAACCCUGAGCAACAGGAAUCUAGACCCCUGACUAGGCUCCGUUCCAUUCAGUGAUACUAAGUGGUUAAAGCAGUAUGGAAAGUAGGUUCUAAUCUUCUCCAGGCCUCCUCCAACUGAUAUUGUCACAAUUUCAUGCCAUUCCCCCUCCAGUGAAAUGGUCAGCACCCGCAGGAGGUUUAGAAAUGGCUGCUUUAAUCUCUGCUUUGACAGGCGCUUCACAGUGCUUCUUGCCAUGGGAGCUUUCAGAAUUCUGCACUGAGAGGGAUGGCACGGGGCUUUCCCCUAGGCUGCUACUGCUACAGGGUAUGUACAAGAUUAUUUUUCAUUACCACUUUAAUGCUUCCUAGGUUCCCCUCUCCAUGAUUGUAUUGCAGUCUCUGUUUGCACACAGGACUGUGGGCUCCAGAUACUGUUUUUAUGCACAGAGUCCUCCAUGUGUCAGUAGAAUAACAGUUUCUCCUUCCUAGUGCAUCCAUGGAACAAAAUUAUUGGGUAGAACUUGCGGGAAUGAAACUUAAUUCCAAGAACUGUUUGUGAUUAAUUUGUAGAACUGCCUAAGUUGAUUUUAAAAUUGCUAAUUAGCAAAUAUCCACAUCAGUUCAUUACUUUGCCUGUAUGAUUUUAAAAUGAGUAUUUGUGUAACAGCCUGGCAUUUAAUGUAGUUAAAUCUUGUCAAGGGUUGAACAGUUUUUGAUUGGUUGAUUGUACAGAUGCAGGAUGAAGCUUGUUUUUGAAAAGUGCUUAUCUGAAAUGAAAACAAGAAUUUAACUAAAAUGUAAAAUACUGUAACAAUGUUCUAUGCAUAUGUGAUCUUGAAAUGUAACAGCAACAAAUUAUUUAUUGGAAUGGUCAUUGAAACGCCAUGUGGAAGUAGAGUGUGCGUUACGCUGUGUAAAACAGUAUCAGAGUUUGCAUCGCAACAAAAGAAAUACACUUAAAUCCAAACGCAGAGUCCAAUACCGUUUAGCAAUGUAAAAAUUAGUGCAACUUCCUUUUAAAGGAUCAAGUGACAUGAGUAACGUAUUAACAUCCCGAGGCCCAAUCCUGCAGCCCUUACUCAUAUCAGUGACAGAGCAUGAACCGUGAAGAUGAUUGGAAGUCGAGGAAACCUGGGCUGUGUUCUCGCCUCUGCCAAUGACCUGCUGGGUGACCUGAGGCAGGUCACUUCACCUCACCUCUGUGAAUCAUUUUGAGAACAAUGAUAGGUUCUUUCAUUUGCAAAACUCCUUGAGAUCCAAGUAUUAUUAUUACUCGGAUGUGUAAGAGAUGCAGGAUUAGGCCUCGGCUGACUGCUAUUCUGAAGUGCACACUUCUAGAGUGCAAACCCAUGCAGUGAGGAGCACUUUCAAGUCCCUGUGACUUCAGUUGGAAUGGAGGGUGCUCAGCAUCUUGCAGGGUCAGGCCCUUAGACCCUGGUGCUCCCACCGAAGUGGGUGGCAGAAUUCCCAUGGAUUUCACUGGGACUAGAAUCAGGCCAUCCGGAUAAAAAAAUCUGAUCAAUGAAAGACAGUUGCUUAGAUGUUUACAGAAGGCUGUUCCUGUCCUUACUAUUGUCCUUUGUAGCGUUGAACCGUAUCAGUUCAUGAACUGUAUCUCCUGCCUUUUAAUUUUUCCAGCGUUUAUGGCUGAGAUGCAGAUUACUGGAUAAUUAAUCCUUUCUGCAAGGUGUUCAGAACUGCUAGACACACAAGGGCAAGAGCCAGCUCCUGUUACCUUUGAAUUAACAGUCUAAUUUUAAAUUUGCUCUAAGCCUGCAUUUCAUUAGAGCCUGGCUUAAUGCUAUUGAUAUGCACUCUAUUUAAAGUCUAAUAAAGGUAUUUUAAUUCCAAGCCAUCUGGAGUCCUGGGGUUGCAUACACUAUGCCACAUAAAGAAAAAUUAAUGGAUUUGAAAUUAUUAAAUCAGUUUGAAAAUGCAAAAGGAUCCGUUUUCUUCUUCGCAAACCAUACUCACACCAAACCUUGGUCAAGAAAUCUCACACCCUUGUGUUUGUAGCCAGAGGUCUUUACCUCUCCUCAGUCAGUAUAGAUGUUGUAUUUUCCCUCUCUGCCACUACAAGACUUACCUGAAUUAUCUUUCUAAGCAUCUUUGACUGAAAUUAAAAUAAGCUAGCAUGCAAUGUAAACAACUGAGAGUGUAGUUAAAAGACAAUAAUUUAAAACUAAGCUAGAAGUCAACAUUUGGCGUGUGCAAAUUACUGUUCAAUGCUUUCUUUGUUUUACAACAUGGAUAGUUUUUUGAAGAGGGAACAGUUUACUGUUAAAGUUUAAAUAGUAAAAGGUGGAAGUUAAUUAAAUCAACAGUGUAACAUACAUAAUGCAGUUGUAAAUUUCUUUAUAGGUAACAUGCUUGAAUGUGAAAUCAGCAGCUAAGCAUAAUGAAUAUAUACUAAUAUUGUUUUCAAUUUCCUUUAGCCAAAGCUAAGUUUAGACAUUUGCCUUGUAUGUAUAUUUCUUUUCUUUUCUAAUAACUAGGUUUCAACAAAAGCAUCCACUGCUUUUUGGUUGUUCUGAUGACUGUGCUGGGCUGUUAUCUUUAAGCAGUUUGUGGGCUUGUGUUAUUUUAUUAAAGCUAAAAAAAUCUUCUUGAAACUAAUGCAGUUAAGGUAAAAUCACUUCUUUGUAGUGUUAACAGAUCGUGUAGUAUGCAUUUGCAGAAAUGUCCAUUCAAUGUCAACUGAAAAAAAUUGGGGCUAGAUGAUUAACAGAAUUGUUAGUGUCCAAGCGAGUGUUCUCUUAGUAAAAAUCAUGGGUUAUAAGAUUUAACAUGCUCCUCAAUGGAAACUCAGAUUCCCCUCAACUGUCUCCUAUUCUGCAUCUCUUCAUACCUCUACAAGACCAAUGUGAAAAAAGUCUUUUGUGUUUUCUACGUUCAGCAUAGUAUGUACUGUACUUUGUAACAGGAAGUGGCUGCAAGUCCUUAAAGACGUAUUCUUCUAUGAACAUACCGUACUUUAAAACAGCAAUAAUUACCACUGUAAAGAAAAUGAGUGUGUUUGCAAAGACGGGGGGGAGGAGAACGGGAAAGUAGUAAAUGAAGACAGCAAUGAACACACUGGCAAUGAAGUGCUGCUAUUGUAACUGGGGAGCAGAAUUAAGUACUAUAAUGGGCCACUGGUUUUUGAGACUUGAGCUUGUUGAUACACGAUCAUCCAGCUUGAAGCCAAUAGAAACACCCCAAGUCUUUAUACAAUGUAGUAUCUUCUUGGUAGAAUCUUAAAAGUAAGUUAGAGUAGUCCACCAUUCCUAGCUGCAGAGGGUUGUCCUUUCAGCAGAUAGAUGAGAGCACUGUCAAAAGUAGCAUAGAGCGGCGUCUCUGUGGUCUCCUAAUCCAGUGUUACGCUACAACUCUGACUCCACAAUAGCAGAAGAUAGACUAAAGGAAUGUACUUUGCUGUGGCAGCACACAAUGAGGAUAAUCAGUACUGUUGGUAAAUGUUCGCAUACUGUCCACAUGUAUCAAUACAAACCAGUUACUACAGCAUGCGUCAAGAAAUGUUAUAUAUGCAAGUUACUCCUCAGUAUAUCUUUAGGCAUUUGAGUCCCAGCCUAUAAACUGCUACUCGAUGUAGUGAUCUCUCUACUCAAUCUUCCAUUAGCAGAGUACUGAAACACUAUAUCUACUCAGCUCUGAAAUGAAGGCAGUGUGUCUUUAAGAAGAACCAAGUGUGAUAUUGUAAACGAAUGACUUGUAGGUACUUAAGUUCUGUUUCUGAUGGCCGUUGUAACUGUGAAAAUUAACCAGACCUGCUGUGAUAAAUUUGGAUAAAUAAGGUUUAUUUGGUUAAUUUUUUAUAAGUGAAAACUGAAAAGAUGAAAGAGAAUUGUAAUAUGAAAGCAACUGCUGUAAAUGUAUGAAUGAAUAAAAUCUAAAAGGUACAUAAGUUAUUUCUAAA